UACAGACUACAGUGGAUUCGUAUAAUCUAUUACAGACAGAAAAAAAAUAUAAGUUUACUUCGUCAGUGGUAUCUACAAAAAUAGAGCGGAAACAAACACCUGACACUCUAACCACUGGCACGUCCGUUUCUAUGGCGUCAAGCCCUCCUUGCUCAAGCACAUGCUAAUUAAUAACGCACCAGCGUCCAGCGAGUUAUCAUCGACUCCUAAUCGAGACACAAGCAUAUUGUAUAUUGUUUUUAAAGCCUAAUUACUCGAGAGUUGUUGAGAAGGAUUAGUGUUCAAAAUGUUUUUAAUAUUUCUGUUCUAUCUCUUGGGAUGUUCAUUUAAGGAAAUAACAGGUGAACCCAGCAUUACAAUUGAUCCACUUUCUUCCCCGGUACAAUACGUAUUUAAUACAAGUGAAGUUCACCUUACGUGGUAUUUCAAAACCAGUGGUAUCUCUUUCAAACCAACAGUGUACCUCUAUGUUUACACAAGUAAAAGCUAUAAACGUGCUUUAUUACUUAUUGGCACGGGCGAAUAUGUUGAUGAUCUCUACAAAAAUAGAUUGUCAGGAUGGAGAAAUAUGUCUUUGGUGACAAUAACUAUAAAGAAUUUCAAUUCUGAUGAUUUUACAAACUAUAAAAUACGUAUUGAACACACACUUGUAGCGAAAGCAGUUGAGUCGGUUAAAACUCUUCAAAAGGGGGUGAAACCAACACAACCUCGAAUAACAUGUGACAGUGCAAAAGACGACGUUUCCAGAAUAAUCGUGAAAGAAGGUGAUGAUCUUGAGUGUUUGUGUUCUGCAACAGGAUUACCUCUGCCAAAUGUUGUUUGGAAAUUAGCUGGAAAAAGAAGUAAUAGCUCCGUGUUGAAGAUUAAAAAAAUAUCGAGAAAGGAAAUGAAUUUUUACACAUGUGUAGCAAAUAAUCAAUAUGGAUUUCACAACCAAUCUGUGCUGAAUGUCCAUGUUCAAUAUCCUCCAAGACUUCCUGUAAUUACUUCGUCUAAUACAAGUUCAUAUAUUGGGAAGAAGAUAAAAUUCUCCUGCACCACAGAUGGUGAUCCAGCACCUGUAUACUCCUGGAUAACACCAGAAAACAGAAUUUUGGUAACUGGCACAAAUUCAUUGGUUGUGACGCUGAAUAGUUCUGCUCAGUUUGGCGCUUACAUUUGUAUCGCAAGUAACAUACAUGGGAACAAUACGAGAAACAUUACCUUAAGACAAUUACUUGUCCCUGGUAAACCAAAGGCUUUGACAUAUAUUAGAAAAACAUUUGAAAUCACUAUAAGAUGGCACGAGCCAGAUGACAAUGGUGGAUCUAUCAUCACAGGAUACUUCAUUAAAGUGAAGUAUAAAACACAGGUCAUUGCAAAUUCAAAGACAAGAGAACUUCAGUAUAGCAUAGAUGAACUUCAACGAAAUACGACGUAUACCUUCUGUGUAACAGCAGAAAACAUUGUGGGAACUAGUAAUGAAACAUGUGCGGAGGUGUCUACAUUGUAUGAAGGUCCACCGGGUGUGUCAGAACCGCCGGGACUGUCCCUUAACGGAGACAGACUUGUUGUAAAAUGGGUGAAAGUCGUUGGAAAUCCAGAUUAUUAUUUGGUGGAGCACAAAACAAAAGAAUAUGAUUGGAUGAUAUCUGCAAAACAAGGAGUGAAAAUAUUGCGAUAUGAAAUACAAAAUGUUGUUCCUGGGGAAUUAUAUGACGUCCGAAUAUUAGCCCAAAAUAAACAUGGAUUAACCUAUGGAAAAGUCGCUCACUUCUCAAACUUAAAUCUUUACCAAAGUGCUGCAUCGGUGAGUACAGUGACGUGGUUAAUGACUUCAACUGAAGCUAGUAGUAGCAGCAGUACAGAAAAACCAGUGUUGGAUGAAUCAUCAGACGACUUCCCCAUCCACGGCAUUAUUGCUAUUGCUAUUUUGUGUGGACUGAUAGCUAUUGUUGCUGUCUUGUUCAUUGUGAUGUUUUGCAAACGUAGAUCUCAAGGCAAUGAAAGAAAUCAGCCAAAUGUGGAGCAUAUAACAGGACCACUGGGUGAUGUGUAUGCUGUGGUUGAGAGAAAAAAUACCAAGAAAAAAGACAAGAAUGACAGGAAGGAUUUGGUGUACGCUGAAUUAUCAGAUUUUGUUCCCAGAUCCGAUGACAGUAGGCCACCUCCAAGACAGGAUACUGACUAUGCAGAUAUUGAGCAUGUUGUAAAAGAACAAGCUACAGCGGCCAGUACUGAUAACGAUUAUGAAGACAUACCAUUACGUUCUGACGAAGAACCAUGCGCAAGUACCAAAGAUGUUGAACGAUCAAAUUCUAUAUCAAUUUAAAUUUUAUUUCCAUGAGGCAAGAGGUUUAAGCAGUGUGACAGCACAUUUUCUAGUUGUAUAUAUUGAUAAAAUGGUGUUGAAAAAGUGGGUGCAUGACAACUGUAUUGCUAUGGACGAAUAAAAUUCGCCAAGUUGCGGUUUUCACCUUAGUGGCACUGUGGGAUAUCAGCUGUGGGACAAAAUAGACUAAAUAUUAUAUUAAUGAACAAUGAUGUAAUAUUUUUACGAGGCCUGGCCCAGCGCCCAGCGGGUCCGCUAGUAUUUUAUGUUGAAGAAAUAACAAACGAUAUAGAUUAUUGAAUGUUAACGAAGGAUCGUUUUUAAAUUACUUGUAGAUGGUGCUUUAGAAGAAAAAAGUGAUAUUCUAAUUCUUCGUUUUCCUAAUAAACAAUCUACGUGACUGCAUGCAUUUAGUGGAAAG